AUGGCCGCCUCUCCCCACGAGACAAAAGUCCAAGACUUCGCAUCCGCUCCACCCGCGCCCGACCAGCCAGAGCGCUCUGCUUCAGAUUCGGCCGCCCCUCCACAUCUGACUAUCGAGACCCAGUUCAACGAGCAGAGAAGUCGCGGCCGCUCGGCAACUGCGACUACUGCGACUGCAGCAUCGACGAACCGAGAAGACAUCCUCUCCCCUGACCGCUUCUCAGUCGACUCGACCCUGCGCCGACGCAUAACGCGAUCGCAUACCGUCAAGCACUACCAGUCCCCGACGCGCCCGUACCAGCACCAGGAACCCGGUGCUGAGCCCGGUGUCGACACCAAGAACGAGACCGAUGGCGCCAACUACCACCACCUCUACGCGCGAUGCCAGAUUACCGUCGUAGACUUCUCCGACGAAAAGGUCGAGUGCCAUGAGCUGGACAACGAUACAUUGGAGGACUUCCUCAACUACCCGAAAGAAGACUGGGUGGCCUGCCGAUGGAUCAAUGUCAAUGGCCUGUCCUGGGACGUGAUUCGUUCCCUGGGAAACCACAAGAACCUACACAGGCUGGCCAUUGAGGAUUUGAUGAGCACCCAGAGUAGGACAAAGGUGGAUUGGUACUCUGAUCAGGCCUUCUUGCUCCUGACGCUGUCCAAACUCGUGCGGACGCCCAUGGACGAGGACUCUGAGAGCGACUCCGACUCAGAUUCCGACGACAGCGAACGACGACGGCACAAGGCUCGCUCCCGUUCCCGCUCACGGCACCCUCAGAAGAAGAAGGAGAAGAAGAAGUCGCUGUACAAGAAAGCGAAGAACCUGCUCUUCCCCAAGAGCGAAGCCAAGAAGCAGGUACGCAAGGAUGAGAUGAUGAGCGCAUUGGACAACCUAGAGAAGCAGCUCGACGACACGCCCUUCGAAAAGGUCAAGAUAUCCACACCACCCGCGACUACCGCCGUGCGCACUCUCCAACGCUACCGUGGCGGUUACAAUCUCGAUCGAAUCGUAUACCUCGAGCAGCACUCUGCCCUCACCGAGAAGCACCUGACCGUCAGCGUCGAGCAAGUCAGCAUUUUCCUCCUCGCCGACAACUCCGUAAUCUCCUUCUUCGAGCACUCCGCCGACGAUGUCGAAGACAUGAUCCUCAAGCGUCUCCGCACCGAAGACACCAUCCUGCGCCGCAGCCAAGACAGCAGCAUGAUCGUCCAAGCCAUAAUCGACGCCAUAGUCGAUCUCGCCAUCCCAGUUGUAGCCGCCUACGAGGACGCCAUGGGCGAGCUCGAACUCGACGUCCUCGAAGACCCCGAGCUGCACCACUCCCAACUCCUCUACCUGCUCACCUCCGAACUCUCCAUCCUCCGCAACACCAUUCAGCCCAUCGUCUCCUUGAUCAACUCUUUGCGUGAUCACAAGGCUGAUCCCAUGGCCCAAGCCACCAUGAUGAGCCAGAGUACCGCUAACCUCGCUACCCGCAAGACCAUGACGCAAAUCAACAUCAGCCCCCUCGCACACACGUACCUCGGUGAUGUGGAGGACCACUGCAUCAUGAUUACGGCCUCGCUGGACCAAAUGCGUCGCGCAGCCGAUAACCUCAUCGACCUAAUCUUCAACAUGAUGGGAGCCUUCCAAAACGAAUCCAUGAAAAUCCUCACCGCCGUAACCAUCUUCUUCCUCCCGCUUACUUUCCUCGUCGGAUAUUUCGGACAAAACUUCGAGCGCUUCAACGGCGUCCAGCACCACUCUGAUGCCUUUUUCUGGGUCAUUGCAGUGCCGGUUAUGGUUGUUACCUUACUGGCAUUGGAGUGGGAAGUUGAAGAGGAGGGAGGCGAAGAGACGGGCGGUUAG